AUGUCCUCGUUUGAUCUGAAAAACGAGAACGAAGUGAAGGAGUACAUCGAAAAGUUGGGUAUCGAGUAUCGGUUCGGUUGUUACUCGGAGAAAAAACCGGAAGUGUGUCAUCUGCUGGGCGAUUAUCUUGAGGGUAUCCGCAAAGACUUUGAGAAGGCCGCCAAAGUGUACCGGUCGAACUGUGAUGAUUACAAUUACGGUAAAAGCUGUCUAAAGUACGGUAACUACACGUUUCUCGGCAAGGGCCGUGCGUCGGAAAAGGGAGAUCCGGCGAAAGCGUUCAGUUACUACGAAAAGGGUUGCACACUGAACGAUCCCGAUGCAUGUCUGCACAGCGGACUGUUGUUGGUGUCGAAACUAAUGCCCAAAGAAAUUACCCGUGAUGUGCCGAAAGGGUUCGCACUGUUGAAGAAAAGCUGCGAGAUGAACAAUGCCGGUGCAUGCUUUUAUCUGUCCGGGAUGUACAUCUCCGGUGUGCUGAAGGAGGAAUAUCAGCAGGCGGCAAAAAAGGCUGACGCGGCGGCAAGCGAACCGAAACCGGUGGAACAGCAGCGACCGCCCGGUGCGUACGUCGUCGAACGCAACAUGGAGAAGGCGUUCGAGUUCGCGUACAGGGCCUGCGAGCUGCGCAACAUGUACGCCUGUGCCAAUUUGAGUCAGAUGUACGCGAAGGGUGAUGGUACGCCGCGGGAUGAAACGAAGGCAGAAAAAUACAAAAAACUCGCCCUCGAGAUGCAGGACGAGGUGAAGAAGCAACAGCAGCUCACAUUCCAGCAAGGUUUGAAUCCGACAUAG